CUCGAGUCAGCUGACACGGGCUGCGCGGACGAGACGGUCCAGCUGUGAACGCGGAAGUUUCGCGUGGAGGGAUGAGGCACAGCGUCUCCCUGGGCUUCUUUUCGCGGGAUAAAGGAGAAGCAGCGAUGUGGGCUCAGUGCUGAGAAGCGCCUCUGUGUUUGGAUGAGCUGAGUGAGAUUAGUCCAGUCGCCGCCGCGCUUCUCUGUGACCCGCUUCCCAGAUUCCCAGAUUCCCGCAGACACUGCGCACCUGCGCCAAGAGAUGGAGUCGCUGGUAGAUGUUUCCCGCCUCCUUGGAGCUUCUAACAGCACCAACAGCUCCUCCACUGAGCUCACCUAUGGCUUUGUGUCCUGCGCUGUGUCUGUUCUUUUCUACGGGAGCAACUUCGUCCCAGUGAAGAAGAUCGACACCGGUGAUGGCAUGUUCUUCCAGUGGGUUUUGUGUGCUGCUGUAUGGACCGUGUCUCUGGUGGCAAAUAUAAUCUUGAGGAGCCCAAAAUUCUGGCCUUUGGCAAUGCUGGGGGGGGCCAUUUGGGCUACAGGUAACAUCACUGUGGUUCCAAUAGUGAAGACCAUUGGUCUGGGGCUGGGCAUUUUGAUAUGGGCUUCUUUCAAUCUUCUUAUGGGCUGGGCAAGCUCACGGUUUGGCUGGUUUGGUAUCGAAGCAGAGACGGUUGGCAAACCAACUCUUAACUACUGUGGCGCUGGCCUGUGUUUGCUGAGUGCCAUCGUGUUUUUCUUUGUGAAGACCGACGUUCAAAGACCCGCCACGUCUGAAGAAACGCCACUACUAAUAGACAACAGUGCAAACUCGUCCAGUCAGGGCUCAACAGAUGAUUCCUGGGUGGACAUGUUGUCACCACUCGCCAAACGGCUUGUUGGGUCAGGACUUGCUGUAGUAGCCGGAAUCCUUUAUGGCUUCUCGUUUGUCCCGGUGCUGUACAUCAAGCAUCAUGCAUCUGAUCCAGGUGGCCCGUUCAGUGGGGCCAGUCAGUUUGAUCUGGAUUACGUUUUUGCCCAGUUCAGUGGAAUCUUUCUCACCAGCACAGUGUAUUUCCUCAUCUACUGCGCCUUCAAAAAGAACAAACCUCAAGUCUUCCCUAAAGCUGUGCUACCAGGUUUUGUGUCCGGCGUGAUGUGGGGCGUGGCCACAUGCUGCUGGUUUCUGGCCAAUCACUACCUCAGUCCAGUGGUCAGCUUUCCUAUCAUCACCACGGUUCCUGGCCUUAUUGCCGCCAUUUGGGGUGUUGUAGUGUUUAAGGAAGUGAAGGGUCUGCGGAAUUAUCUGGUUCUUAUCCUGGCCUUUUGUCUGGUGCUGGCGGGGGCGUUACUGACUGCGUUCUCCAAACUGUAGUUGGAUGACUUCUCCACAAGGGGGAGGCAAAACACCAAAGCAAAUCAAUGGAGGGUGAAUGCAGUACUGCCAGUUUUAACUUUAUUUGAAAGAUUUUAACAAUCGUACCUCUUAGCAAUAUUUUGAUUACUGUGAACGAAACAGGAGUCACAAAUGUGUACGAGACAGAUUCACAACUCUCGAGGCCUUUUAAGACAUUUUAUUGAGGUAAGGCAAGAGGAAGCCCUUGAAUCAUAGGCAUUAACCUCUUUGUUCAUAUCAUACAGUCUGGGUUUGUUAAAUUGUAGUGAUAUAAUGCAGAACUUGUGCCAGUGCAUUUUGUUUUGUCCAAUAUACACACGGUUACUGAUUUUAUAAUAUAGAACAUAAUUUUUCUAUGAUGUUUACAGCCGGGAAGGACCUCAUUUUCAUGACGUGCUUUUUGUAAUUGCACUUUAUAAUAACUCAUUAGGAAGCUGAGGUUUUCAUAUUACUAGUGAUGGUUAAGGGAAAGAACAGAAGUUUGAAUGGGUGGCAUUUUACAGACACAUUUUCAUGUAAGCUAAUUGUAAACAUUUCUGUGCGUUGAUUGCUGGAAUUUGUGUAAGGUUUUAUUAUGGAAUAAUGUUUUUAAAAUUUGCAUCAGGGAAUAAAGAAGUACUAAGAAAA